UUCUGUGAGUGACCUUCUAGUUCUAGCGACGGGGAGACGAAGCAAAGUCAGCUUUCACAAAAUGAAGGCUGUAGUGAUAACUACCGCAGGUGGCCCAGAAGUGUUGCAACUUCAAGAAGUAGAAGACCCACAGAUCAAAGACGAUGAGGUCCUCAUCAAAAUAGCCGCAACCGCUCUGAAUCGAGCCGAUACGAUUCAGAGGAAAGGAUCAUACCCUCCCCCGAGAGGCGCGAGCCCUUACCCAGGAUUGGAGUGUUCCGGAACUGUUGAAUCUGUGGGCAAAAAUGUUGUCAGGUGGAAAAUCGGUGACCAGGUAUGUGCUCUUCUUGGUGGAGGGGGUUAUGCUGAGAAAGUUGCCGUCCCUGCUGGACAAGUUCUUCCGAUUCCACCUGCAGUUUCUCUAAAGGAUGCAGCUGCAUUUCCUGAGGUUGCAUGUACUGUGUGGUCUACUGUUUUUAUGAUGAGCCGGCUAUCUAAAGGAGAAACAUUCUUGGUGCACGGUGGCUCUAGUGGAAUUGGUACAUUUGCCAUUCAAAUAGCUAAGUAUCAUGGAGUCAGGGUAUUUGUUACAGCAGGAAGUGAAGAGAAAUUAGCUUUCUGCAAGGAUCUUGGUGCUGAUGUAUGCAUCAAUUACAAAACGGAGGACUUUGUUGCGAGGGUAAAGGAAGAAACAGGUGGUCAAGGUGUCAAUGUUAUUCUUGAUUGUAUGGGAGCAUCCUAUUAUAGCCGGAACCUUGAGAGCUUGAGCGUUGAUGGGAGGCUGUUCAUUAUUGGCUUUCAGGGGGGUACAUCUACUGAAGUAAAUCUUGCUUCUUUACUUGCUAAGCGUCUUACUGUUCAAGGUGCUGGCUUGCGCAAUAGGAGUCCUGAAAAUAAAGCCAUGAUCGUCAGUGAAGUGGAGAAGCAUGUGUGGCCAGCAAUUGAAGCAGGCAAGGUUAAGCCAGUGGUGUACAAAUCAUUUCCUCUGUCUGAAGCGGCAGAUGCUCAUCGGCUCAUGGAAAGCAGCAAACAUAUUGGGAAGAUUCUGCUUCUUCCAUGAACCUGCACAGGCCAUUCUGACCCAAGCCUUUAGAAUUCGGACGUCUUUCUGUCUAGGAAGUUAUAAUGCUUAUAGCUACAUGAUGGUUGCUUAACAAUAAAGCAUCCCAUAAUGAAUUGAUUCUGUACGAGACAACAAAUGUAUGUAGCUACUGUAUCCGUGAGGAUUCUCUUUGAGGUGAUUAAGUUUAGAAGUUGAUGGAGUUGUGUGUAUUUAAGAAAGAAUGGAGUGAUGCUAUUGACAAGAGAAAAAAAUAAUAGUGGAAAAAAAAUGAAAAUUAUCUCAUAUCAAA